AUGUUGUCGGCUACUAACGAGCGACGUCCUUCAGUUGGUUCCAAUAUAACACCGAGCGUAGGUGUAAGAAGGCCUUCAGACGAAAACCUUUCACCAAUUUAUAGCGACUCAACAUAUUCCAAUGACCGCCCACCUUCUCCAUUAGCGUCGCCAGCAUUCUCUAGUUUCACAAUACCUAGCGGUCCUUUCUCCACACUUGAGGCUCGUUCACGUUCAUCCUCCGUAUCUAGCAUGCAUUCCUCGGGUGGUUACCAUCACGACGAUUUUCAAUCAGAGCAAAAUUUGCCAUUGUCAAACUCUUUUCAACAAGCACCUAGUGAUUUAGCAUUGGCUGCAGGUGAAACAGCCUUCUCCAAACGUAAACAUUCACCACCAGAUCGAAUAGUUACAGACCUUGGAGGCUCUGCCUUAGAUUAUCCUCCUAGUUCUAGUGCAACUUCAUUAACUCGUAGGGUUCACAUAACUGGACAUACUCAUGAUCGAAGUAGAUCUACCUCAAUAGACGGAGAUAUCGAAGACUCUGCUUGGCCAUUAGAGAGGGUGUUACGUUGGCUCGAUGAAAACCAUUUUAAAAACAAAUUAUACGGUGAAGACUUUUUUGCACUUACUAACUGGAAGAAAAGCAAGACUAUAAAGGGUAUUGAUAAUCGAUCUAAAUUGAUAACGGCUAUUAGAAAACUUCGUGAUAGCAGGCCAAAACGUCAGUCGUUUUCUGAGAAGGAUACGCAGACUUUAGGUGGGAGUCCACCUCUCGAAAAUAUGCAAAGCCCAAUUACCGGCCCAUUGUCUUCAACUAAUUCUCCAAUAAUUGGUCAAUAUUCACCUACAACUCCAAACAUUCCGAAUGGUUCUACCAUUCAAAAUAAAUUAAAAUUAUCUACUAGUGUUCCAGAGUUGCGUAACUUCAGUCAAAAGGGGCCGAUUACCAGCCCUAUAAUUAAUCCUCGAACAUCCUCAAUUGGUUGGGACAAAGAGAGUAAUAGGAGUCUUUCUCCAAAUUCUGCCAUUCCUGAACAUGAAUCGCAAACAAAUUCUUUUGGUAUUACCGCAGGACUAAAAUUUGUGGCGGCGAUGUCAAUUUCACAUUUGCCAGAGCAGUCACAAUCUUUUGCUGCUUCACAUUCACAUAAUUUUCAUAAUCAACCUGUUGCACAACA